UACCACGCUAUUUGAUUAUUUGAAUGAUCACAUCACAACAAAUUAAUCCAAACCCCAUCUUAUUCUCUCAGCCUCAAAUCCCCAAAAUGGACCACGGCGGCCAAAUGGACGGCAUGGCGAUGGCGCCGCCGAUGCCUAUGCACCGCCGCCACAUGAUGAUGCACAUGACCUUCUUCUGGGGCAAAGACACCGAGAUUCUCUUCGACUCCUGGCCGGGCUCCGGCCACCUCGCCAUGUACCUCCUCGCGCUCGCCGUCGUCUUCUUCCUCGCCCUCGCCGUCGAGUGGUUCUCCCACAACAACCUCCUCAAGGAGCGCCGCCCCGCCGCCGCCCUGCUGCAGACGCUCAUGUACGCCGUCAGGAUCGGCCUCGCUUACCUCGUCAUGCUCGCCAUCAUGUCAUUCAACGGCGGCGUUUUCAUCGCCGCCGUCGCCGGACACGCCGUUGGAUUCUUCUUCUUCGGGAGUAGGGCUUUUAGCAAGGCGGAUUCCGGUAACGGGAAGGGUUCGGAUCUGCCGCCGAUGACUUGUUGAUGGUGGGAAUUUAGGGUAGGUUUUCAAAUUUUGAUUUCAAGGUUUUGUAUCAUUAAUUAAUCAUUCAUGUUUGAUUUCUGCACAAAAUAUCUAGUGUGACUGUGUGUGUGUUGGAUUAUUAUUUUGUUGGGGUAAAUAAAUGGCGAAAAUGUUGUAUUUAUUUAAUUAUGGAAACGAUUCUGAACUAAUUAGUUCUCCUACUUUUUGAGUUU